AACACCCAUAAACAUGAAAAAAAAGAGAAAAAGAAAUCAAAUUGAUUUGUUGGAUUGGAUUGGGGAAAAAGGGAUAUUGGCUCUUGGCUCUUGGCUCGUGUCUCGUGUCUCGCCAUUGCCAAUAAGUUAAACUUUUGAGAGAGAAACAAUCAAUCAACAAGCAGCUUCUGUAAGAUUCCUUUCACUUGGCUGACCCAGUUGAAAAAUAAGUUUGAGUGGCCAUAGGAAUAACGAAUAAAUCCCGAAGAACACAAUUUCUCGAAUCAUUUACCUGGUUUUUCCAUAUGCAGAGCUUGAAAUUCCCACCAUUUCUUCUUGUUUCCCAUCUUUUUGCUUAAAACCCACAUACCCAUUUCGCUAAUCCCUCUCUGUUCGUCUUCAACCUUCGUCCGAAUGCCGCUAACCGCCAUUGCUUUCCAAUCUUCACUCCAUUGCUUCACUGGAUUUCCAUUUCCUCCACCCUUUCAUCCCAAUUUGGGGUUUCACUCUUCAAUUCCUUCAAAACCCAGUCGGGUUUUUCUCUGUUGCAAGAAGCUUCAAGUAUCGGAGCCUAAGCAUUACCCAAGCUCUUUCAAUUUCUCGAAUGAGAGCGUAGCGGUUCCUAAAUUCAGGAGUUCGAGUUCGAAGGAUAUUGAUGUUGCUACUCUUGGAAAUCUUUGCGUGGAUAUUGUGCUUAAUGUUCCUAGUUUACCUCCAGAAAAUGAUGAUGAACGCCAGGCUUAUAUGGAGCGAUUGUCCUCCUCGCCUCCUGAUAAGCGUUAUUGGGAAGCUGGCGGCAACUGCAAUAUGGCAAUAGCGGCUGCUAGAUUGGGACUUCGUUGUGCUACAGUUGGUCAUGUAGGAAAUGAAAUCUAUGGCCACUUUCUUCUUGAUGUACUUCAUGAGGAAGGAAUUUCUACAGUUGGCAUGAGUGAUGCUAGUUGUGGUGUUAGGUCGAAGACAGCUUAUGAGACUCUUCUAUGUUGGGUUCUGGUGGAUCCCUUACAAAGACAUGGUUUUUGCAGUCGAGCUGAUUUCUCUAAGGAGCCUGCGUUCAGUUGGAUUAAUGAACUAUCUGGAGAAGUUAAAAUGACCAUUAGACGGUCAAAGGUCCUAUUUUGUAACGGUUAUGGCUUUGAUGAGCUCUCCCCUAACCUCAUUAUUUCAAUUGUGAAUUAUGCGUUGGAGGUUGGAACAUCGAUCUUUUUUGAUCCUGGACCACGUGGAAAGAGCUUGUCUGUUGGUACUCAUGAUGAAAGAAGUGCUUUAAGCCAUUUCUUGAGGAUGAGUGAUGCUCUGCUUCUAACUUCUGACGAGGCUGAGUCUUUGACAGGUAUAAAAGAUCCAAUAUUAGCAGGGAAUGAGUUGCUAAAGAAAGGUGUGCGUACAAAGUGGGUUAUCGUCAAAAUGGGUUCAAGAGGUUCAAUUUUGAUAACUAAGACGGCCAUCUCUUGUGCGCCUGCAUUCAAGGUGAAUGUUGUCGAUACUGUUGGGUGCGGAGAUAGCUUCGUAGCAGCAAUUGCUUAUGGUUAUAUACACAAUUUGCCAACCGUUGAUGCAUUAACAAUUGCCAAUGCUGUGGGUGCUGCUACAGCGAUGGGUUGUGGUGCUGGUAGGAGUGUUGCAACCUUGGAAAAAGUAUUAGAACUUAUGAUGAAAGCAAAUAUCAAUGAAGAUAGUGACUUUUGGAAUAAACUGUUAAGUGAAAACUUGGAAUCUCAAGAUAUUACAUUGAUGUCAAAAUUGGACGUCGAUAGAUGCAACAUGUCGAUAAAUUACGUCGUGUUCCAAAAGGUGCUAUCUAGAUUGCUACCUAUGCUUGAACAUGCACAAUAUGAAGGAAAAUUGACAUCUUAGAAUUACAAUAGAAGAAAUUGAUCCCUUCAAUAUAUGUUAAAGUUUAGUUGCAGUCUCAAUGGUAUGAAAGGCAAACGACAAGUUUGAUGGGUUAUCAUAUUGCAAAAUGAUUCAUAGAAGGUUGUUUGUCAAAUCUUCUUCUCUUGAGGCGGACAACGGCUGUAGGAUUAAUAGGAUAUUCUUUGGCUUCAACAUUCUCUUUUUUGGGUAUACGAAGAUGUAGGCCUUUUUUCUUUUCUUUUCUUUUCUUCUUUUGGUAUUGUCAUUAUGUACUUAGGUGGAACAUAGUGGAGGUGCAUAGUCAUUGAAUCCAUGCAACAUUUGUUGCAAACAAAUCGAUGAAGAACUUGAACUAGUUGCAUGUUUCUUAAAUAGUUGUGUUACGAUUCUCGUUAGACCAGUUUGAAUAUUUCAUUACAGAUGAUGUUUAUUGGACUUAUUUAAAUAUUGUAUAACCAUGAAUGUAUAGAUAUGCUGGUUGACUUGAGCUCUGGGUAAAAGUAGCUCAUAA